UCUCUCUCUCUCUCUCUCUCUCUCUCUCUCCGUUUCUGCACGACCCUGAAUCCCGAGAGGGUUUCGGACCUAAAUUUUCUCUCACGAUUCCUUGUUCUUUGAUUUCAUUCCAUUAUUUGCUUUUCUUCCAUCUUUGAUCCAUUCGUAAUGGGCGACCAUCUUCUACAUCUUCCUCAUACGCCGUCGUCCAUGUCGCCGCCGGUUGUAGAUCGACAACCACCCUCCCCGUCCUCUGCCAGCGACUUGACUUGUUUGAACUCCCAAUCCUACUCUUCUUCCCUUACUGUUGAUCGCUUCAAGGAUUUUCCUUCUCAUCGCUGUCUGCAACUGGAUGCGGUGCAAACACAUUGGACAGAUGAGAAACACAGAUCAUAUCUUGGUUCUUUAGAAGCAUCUUUUGUUCAAGAGUUGCAUCAAUAUAGACGCUUGCAAGCUUUGUCCUCAAAACAGAAAAUGCGUUGCAGGCCGAGCAUGCCUCAUAUAUCUUCUUCAGAGUUGAUGGUCCUUCAAGAUGCCUCCUGGCAGAAGGCUAACAUUGGGAGGAAUGAUCCUUUAUUGGAAAGGAUAGCCGAUUAUCCUGCUAUUUUAGACGAUGUUUGGAUAAAUCGUUUUCCUUCUGCAGGAAAGCAGUGUACUCCGGAGACUCCUGAUCUCCUUGAAGAAUCUGGAAGUUUUAGUGAUAGGAGACACUUAAGAAACACGAAAAACUCCUAUCGAUCUGCCAGAAGUUCACAGCAGGUCCCUCCAUGCUGUCGUGAGUCUUAUACAAUAAUUACAGAAGUUUCCGAUCAAAACUUUGUGGAUAAUCAUCCAGGAGAGGUGUCUGGUGGCAUGCCUAAUGCAAAAAGAUUAAAGAAAGCUUCUUCUGAUUCUUCGGCCAAUGACCAGGUAGUACCAUAUAAAAGACCAUCAUUAGAAAGAUAAAAGCCAGACGCCACACUGUCUUCAGAACAUCCUCAAAACUUGAUGCCUCCAAAUUCAGAUUUGUGUUACUUUAUGAGAUGGAGCUGACAACAUUUCAUUCCAACAUGUGAAAAAUGGUCUGUUCAAGCUCGCUAGCCAAAUACGACAUGGUUUUGUUUUCGAUUCGAAAGAGCAUUGUAAAGAAAACAAGGGAAAUGGCGGCCAUAAUUCUUGACCAGAAGAUGUGCAGCAAGAAGGAGAAAAUAUGUUUGUAUAUGGUACAAACUAAACUUUUUCCUAGUUCAAAUAUUGAGUUAAAUAUAUGUUAACCCUUUCUUUUCUCCUGUUUUCCUUUUUCUUAGAGGUUGAAAAAAUGGAAAUUCUAAUAGGGUGUAGGUUAUUGAAUAUAGGUAUUAGUUAUACAGAAGCUAAGACACCCUGAUAGUGAGAUAGAUACACACUUUUUUAGUUUGUUUCAAAUACUCUCGUUUUGAACCUCUGUUAGGAAUCUCAAGUGUAAAUUAUUAUUAGGAGUCUUCCAACUGAAAUUUUCAUACA